GUCAUCACAAAACCGUGGCCGCGUGAGUUGCGGAUGCAAAUUCAAAUAUAUUUUAGUUUGACAUGCACUUUUAGACGUUGUAGAAAUCGUUUGUUUUAUUUUCAUGCCAACUUUAUUUCAUCUUUAAUAUUAUUUCUUAUUUUUAGUAGAUUUUUGAAAGAGAUAGUUUAGAGUUGGCUAAGUUUAGAGUAGGCUAAGCAUAUGCCUGACAGAUAAUUAGCCCGUGUUGUAUGUUCCGUUUGAAAACAAGAUUUGACAACCUAAACCCGAGGUCAGGGCCACCUAGUUGACUCCCAUCGACAACAGAAACCCAACCCUCCAACUCUGUAGUUUCCUACCGCCGUAGUUUUGGCCUGGCUUGUGAAGUUUUUGAGGAUAUAUGUAGGCCUUAUUUAAUUACCCCUCUACCACUGUCAUACCAGCCAUAAAAUGAUAGCCUAUCUGAACGGACUGUAGGUGUGAGUGUUACAUUGUAUCGAAGGUUUUUUCCGUGGUUCAGGGUUACUUCCUGGUGCCACAGAGAGAGGCAGUGCUGAGUUAAAGAGACAGAAAUACUGAUAGAAAUUUAGAUAGAAAAAUACAGAGAGAAGAGGGGAGGAACGGGAGACAGGAACAGUUGACUGGUUUCCAGAAAUUGAAACCCUCUUUCUCUUUAUAGGGUUUUGCCUCAAUUAUUUUAACGAUCGCUUUUUGGUUUGUAAAUAAAGAAUUAAUUUGGAUGACUCGGAUGCCAAAGGUCCGGUUGGUUGCGGCUGAAACGGAAUUGUAACGGGGAACAUAUUCCUCCCUCCGACGGAGAAGCGUCGCACAGAUUUUCUUUAGCCCCAUUGCUUUUUCAUUAUAUCAUCUUAGGUAGCCUAUUAUUUCAUAUUUUCGAUUGACGAGGUAGGGUAACGGAAGAUGGGUUGUUUGGGCAACAGCAAGACUGAAGAUCAACGCAUCGACGAAAAAGCACAACGAGAGGCAAAUAAAAAGAUAGAAAAACAAUUGCAAAAAGAAAGACAAGCAUAUAAAGCAACACACAGGCUGUUACUAUUGGGUGCCGGAGAGUCCGGAAAAAGCACCAUUGUGAAGCAGAUGAGGAUUCUACACGUCAACGGUUUCAACGCAGAAGAAAAGAAACAGAAAAUCCAAGACAUUCGGAAAAACGUGAAAGAUGCCAUAGUGACUAUAGUGUCUGCAAUGAGCACUUUAAUACCCCCAGUCCCACUAGCCAACCCAGAGGACCAGUUCAGAAUUGACUACAUCAAAAGCAUAGCUCCUCUCUCAGACUUUGACUACACACAGGAGUUCUUUGACCAUGCGAAGAAGCUCUGGGACGACGAGGGAGUCAAGGCGUGCUUCGAGAGGUCCAACGAGUAUCAGCUCAUCGACUGUGCACAAUAUUUCCUGGACAGAAUUGACUCCGUAAGACAGAGCGAUUACACACCUACGGACCAGGACCUGCUACGCUGCCGAGUGUUAACUUCAGGGAUUUUUGAGACGAGAUUCCAAGUAGACAAAGUGAACUUUCAUAUGUUCGACGUUGGAGGCCAGAGAGACGAAAGGAGAAAAUGGAUCCAGUGUUUUAACGAUGUCACUGCUAUCAUCUUUGUGGUUGCGAGCAGCAGCUACAACAUGGUCAUAAGGGAAGACAACAACACUAACAGGCUACGGGAAGCCUUGGAUCUCUUCCGCAGUAUUUGGAAUAACAGAUGGUUACGCACUAUAUCAGUCAUCCUAUUCCUGAACAAGCAGGACAUGCUGGCUGAGAAAGUAUUAGCUGGAAAAUCCAAAAUUGAAGACUACUUCCCUGAAUAUGCUCGCUACACCAUACCAAAUGAAGCAACUCCUGAACCUGGUGAAGACCCUAAAGUGACGAGAGCUAAGUUUUUCAUCCGAGAUGAGUUCCUUCGGAUCAGCACUGCGAGCGGAGACGGCAGACAUUACUGCUACCCCCACUUCACCUGCGCCGUGGACACGGAGAACAUCCGGCGGGUGUUCAACGACUGUCGGGACAUCAUCCAGAGGAUGCACCUGCGGCAGUACGAACUCUUGUGAUGGGACAGCCUCCAUCGGCCUUCUGUGUUUUCUCAACCGUUCCGCAUCCUCGACCCCAAAAAACCCAACCCAACCCAAGCCCCACCUGUCGGGGCAGAUAAAGUACUACUGAAGUGUGUCAAAAUCCUCUUCCUCCUUUUUAAAUUGUUUUUAGACUGAUUCAUCCCCAUUUCACAGAUGUAAGGAAGGUUGGGGAACAAAGUUGUGCGUGCCGCUUUUUAUCCUUCCUUGUUUUUCUUCAAAUGCCUUGAUUUUUUGUCAUUCCACUAAGCCUCGGGCUACCUCCUUAUUUUUCCUUAAGACCUAUUUUUUGGCUAUGUCAUUGGACCUGGACUGGCUGAGUGGGUGUGGGAGGAUGUGAUAAGCACCCACAGGACCUCAGUGUAGAGGCAUGUGGGUGUCUGUGUGAGAGCGUGUGUCUGAGUGAGUAUGGGCUUGUGUGUAUGUUUCUACAAGUGUGUGUAUGUGUGAGUGGACAUGUCAACUGCCAGUCGGAGCUGGCAUCACCCCCAGACCUUUACCCUCUCCAUCAUAGUGGGCGCUCUGCUUCUCCUCUCAACUUGAAAGACGGCUUGUUCACGAAUAGACAGAGAAGAGAGAGAGGAGACAGAGAGAGAGAGAGACAGAUAGAGAGACAGAGAGACAGAAGAGAGAGAGAGAGAGAGAGAGGGGGGGGGGGGGGGAGUAGACGAUGAAGAGAUAAUGCACUUUGCAUCAGGUUACUUUUUUGGAGGACGUAUACACACAAUGUAGCAUCACAAUAUUUAUUACUCUUUCACAAAUGUUAGUGUUGCCGAGUUGCAGGCGGGCUGAGGGAGGCAUCCCGCCUUUCCUCAGAGACGUGAGGAAGGAGGGGGGGGGGUGAGGUGGGGGUGUUGGAAACGACAAAACGAAGGAAUAAAGGAACAGGACAGAGCUCUGUGCACCUUAGUCCUACCGCUGCUCUCAGCCCAGGUGUCCUAGAGGAGUCCACCACACUCACCUGGACCUGUCUGUUCACAGAACCAUCCUUUUAGCUUAGAGAUCUUAUUGGGGGUGGGAGGGGAGGGGGGGAGAACAUGAAUCGUUGGGUUUUUUGUUACCUUGUACAGACUGUGCAAGGUUGAUUUAUCCUGUACAGACUGUAAAAUGUAAUAUUAUUUUGUACAACUUUAUUGAAAGAAAAACAAAUCUACUUGUAGAUCUUUGUGCCUUGAUUAUGGCUGUACCUGUAAAUGAGCUCAGAUGUAAGUAUGGUUUUGACUGCGCUGUACAGCUUGAUGUCAAACUCUAUCAGCAGUAGAAGACUGCGCGUAGGGACUUUCUCUGUAGAGUUUAGUUUUUUCUGGUUUAUAAAAAAAGGAAAUGCUGUUUAGUAAAAAAAAAUAAAAAUAAAAAAUAUAUUAAAAAAAA